UAAAGUACAUGGUUAGUUUUCAUGUUUUUAUUUAUUUAUUGUUUUGUUUGUUUUUGUUAUUUUAUCUAGUAUUAUUUGGUGAUAGGGCAAGAAGGCAGUCACCCUGAUCCACACUCCAUUCCAGUUGGAGGCGGUAAUGCACCAGACAGUUGUUUGACAACCGCCAAUAAACCCAGAAGAAGAAGAAAGGCCAACUGUGUCCGGCGGUGACAAACUCAACAGCCUGCUGCUGUUUACACGAACCAGUCGAGGAGGUUGGAUCCAUUGUUACCAGGACGACGAGUCACCUAAACUACAGGCUUCCUCCUCAGCGGACUCCACCUCCACCAUGACUGCUGCUGUGAGAGGCGUGGCCAUUGUACCGGUCCGAGGGGCUGGCGAUGGCAUGGAAACUGAAAAACCGCCUGCUACCAUUCUGGAGGCAAACGCAGACACGUUGCCACCAGGUCCGUUGGCAAUUCCUCUCCUGAAGGUGGCGAGCCCUAAACGUAGCCCCAAAUCCACUCGGCCUGCUCCCCCUGCGGCUCUGCAGCCUCUCGGGGUGCUCCACCUGGGCAAGGUGAGUCGAGAGGCUUGCACCGAGGUGGAAGCUGUGAGGAUCAUCGUCCCCCGUUCCGCCAUUAGCCGGCACACCCGCACUGGACCGGUCGAAGGCAAAGGGGAGGCUGGGCACCAGGCGGACGGGCAUGCCUGUGCCCCGCUGCCUCUGGUGGAGGACUGGAGAGGACAGCUGGAGAAACUGCAGAACUCUGAACGCAGGCUGCUGCAGGACAAGGAAGGUCUGUCCAAUCAGCUCCGUGUGCAGACCGAGGUAAACCGUGAGCUUAAAAAGCUGCUGGUGGCGUCUGUGGGCGAUGACCUUCAGUACCACUUUGAGCGUCUGUCGCGGGAGAAGAAUCAUCUGAUUCUGGAGAACGAGGCUCUCGGCCGGAGCCUGGCACACACCGCAGAGCAGCUGGAGCGAAUGAGUAUCCAGUGUGACGUUUGGAGGAGCAAGUUCCUCGCCAGCAGAGUCAUGGCAGAGGAGUUGACGAAUGCCAGAGCUGCUCUCCAGAGACAGACCAGAGAGGCACAAGGAGCCAUUCAAGACCUGCUGUUGGAGAGAGAAGAGUUCUCCAGCGACAUGGUGCUCACCCACAGAUCUCUGGAGCAGCUCCUGGUUUCUCUGCAGUGGGGCAGACAGCAGACGUACUACCCCAGUGCACAGCCCCUUAGCACAGGAGAGAUGGCAGCAGCCAAUCACAAACUAGCAGACGCCAUCAACUCCCACCUGUUGGGCAGCAGCAGCGUGGUGGUAAAGAGCAGCACUGCAACGGCGGAGCUGCUCUGCACCACUCCGGCUGAGAAGAUGGCUGAGAAGGUGCUGAAGAUUUUAGACCCAAUUUCCUGUUUGGAAAUCAAGGCAGACCCUCCACUCAGCGACUCCGCCCCCUCGAGCUUCCUCGGCAGUAAGAAGAGCAUCGGCAGGUUUCACCCGUAUACCCGCUACGAAAACAUCACUUUCAACUGCUGUGAGCGCUGUACUGGAGACAUCCUGGUGAUGUAGCGGGGUCAAAGGGCAGCAAACACGCACCAAUCCAACCUCAGAGGUUACUUCAAAUGACCGAUAUUCGGACAGGAGUCUACUCUGGAGGAUAUUGCCGCUGUGUGUCAAGUGACUUGGCUGCUCAAAGAGUCCUUUGUGCCACACAUCGAAUGUUCACAAUUUCAAAUUGUAUCAACCUGCUGUUUAUUUUGAUCUUUAACUUUAAAAAAAACGAGAAAAGAAAAUGUAGUUUGUUUGUUUGUUCAGGGAUCGUGACAUCAUUGCAGCCUUGUGUAAACUAUUGAAAGGGCUAUUUAUGGCCGGGAUGCGAGGUCAAAGUGUUGGGUCAGUAUUACAUGGUGAACAGACAGUUAGGGUGUCUGCUUACUCUUACUUGAAUAUAAGACUGGUGUGUUUAGAUUCUUUACAUAAUCCCUUAAGUCAAUGAGCCCCAGGCGUGAGAGAGCAGCCUGUCCCUCCCAGGAAGUUAAGAAACUGAUGAAGAGCUCAUUGAACAGUCGGGGUGCCUCUCGUACAGGUCGCCCAGAUUUCAUAGUAUGAUGGUGCCGUUGUUUUAAAAACACUAUAUUGAUGUAUUUUAUAUAUCAUGCUCCAAAAGCAUCGUCAUAUAGACUAUCUUGGAAGCGGUUUGAAGGUACUACAAUAGAGUUAUGGUACACAAAUGACAACACAUCUGGUUAUUUGCAAAGAGUUUAACAUUUGAUUUGUUUCCCUUGAAUUGUCAUUUUGGAUGUUCUUUUUGGUAAUUUAUGUCAAUACUUUGUCUUUAGUUAAACCACGCUGUAUAUUUGGCUUAUUUUCUGGAUGGAAAAGUGUUCAAUGAUGUUUACGGCAUAUGAAAUCACACCAUAAAAAUAUUUAUACAUCUUGUUUUCUAUGUCAGACUGAAAUAAAGACGAAAGUAGUUUCUACCUUU